UACUUUUUCCUCAUCUGGCUGUCCUACUUUUCCACAAAGAUAGGCUCAAUGUUGCUUUCCGUUUGAAUUUCAAAUUUGAAUCAUAUCCAUACGAGAAAGACAACAUAGAAUAAUAGAGAAGAAGCACAAGAGUUCUAACGUUUGGAUCUUUUGAGUUUUAACAGUUGAAUAAGCAUGGGAGACUCUGCUUGUCUCAUGCAACCAUUCUCUUACACUGCUGGCAUUCCCAAUGAAGCUAAUGAGGGAAACCCCGUACACGCUCUGGGGCAGUCGAUCUCAUUUGGGAGAUUCAUGUCAGAGUCCUUAGCUUGGGAGAAGUGGUCAAGCUUCUCCCACAACCGCUAUGUUGAAGAAGCCGAAAGGUAUGCCCGGCCUGGCUCAGUAGCUCAGAAGAAAGCUUUCUUUGAAGCUCAUUACAAAAAAAUUGCUGCUCAAAAGGCAGCAGCCUUGCUUGAACAAGCAAAUGCUGCAUCAAAUAAUGCCCCAAAACCAGCUGAAGAAGAUUUUGUUAACAAUGUUAGUACCGAUGAUUCGCAGACGACAAGUUCAAAAUCCGACGAGGUUGUCAACCAACAACAUGAUGUCAAGGCCCCACAUAGUGGGGCAUAUUCCAUUGUUAAUGACAAUAAAUAUAGUUCAAAUGCUGAGAUAGAUAAAUUUGAAAGAAAUAUUGUGGAUGUAGCUGCUCCGGAACCCAAAAACCAAGCUUUUGUGAAGAAUUCUUUCGAAGUUGAACAAUCAAACCACCUAGAUGAUGCUGAUAAUCACACGGUAACUGAAACGGAGCUUGGGGGAACACCCCAAAUGGAGAAACCUCUAUUGAAGAGUUCCAAAUCAAAUCAAGAUUCUUUGGCAUCAAUGAGCAAGAAGAAACCAUCACUUUCUUCCUCGAAGCCGUUGAUUCAUAAUAGAGCAUCUAAGCUCCCAUCUUCACCUGCCAAACACACUGUUCCAAUCUUUCCCAAGAAGGAUUAUAAUGCCACUCCAAUGAACCAGAAGCCUGCAACAGACUGUACAGAUAGGAAGAGAUCAACUCCAAAAUCAAUUCAUAAGUCAGUCAAUUUCACUCCUAUUAGAGAACUUAAUAGAUUCACUUCAACAGUUAUGCGGAAGAUUGAAAGUUCAAGAGUUGGUGCUAGUUCUUCUAAGGCAUCUAAGGAUUGCUCAACUCCUUUGAGGACCCCAACUAUGGUAUCUAAAAAUGACAUAGAAAAGCAAUCUUCAGCUACCCCUUGGUCAGAGAAGAGAAGGGCCAGAACACCAAUCCAUCCCUCAGCCUCCGGAAGUAAAUCAGUCGGCCAAAGAUGGCGCUUGCUCCCUUCUGAUUGUUCCAAAUAUUUGAGUGCAUGCAGAAACAAAAUGCAGUCCCCAAAUUUAUCCACCCCUUUCAGCUUUAGGACAGAAGAAAGAGCCGAAAGAAGAAAGAAGAAGCUAGAAGAGAAAUUCAAUGCUAAUGAGGCACAAAAGGUGCAACUGCAAACGACACUCAAGGAGAAAGCAGAAACAGAAAUUAGAAAAUUGCGCCAAACCCUUUGCUUCAAAGCCAGGCCACUGCCUAAUUUUUACAAGGAAAGGAAAGAGCCAAAGGACGAGAUAAAGAAGGUUCCAGCAACACAUCCUCAGUCACCCAUGUUAGGUAGAAAGCCCACUCGCAUCAUAGUAGAGAGGCCUUCUAUCAAAAGAAGUGGCUCCAAGCAUGUCCAGGGAAAGGAUAGUCAAACCCCGACUCAUUCUCUUACUUCACAAUUUGUAGUGGAUAAUCCUGAGAAUACAUCUCCAAAUAUUCAGAUGGAUAGCCAGAACUACAAAUAUUACAAAUAGACAUGGAGAGAAGAAUAUCAUUGAACAAUGUCCAAUAUUAUUCAGUAAUGCCACUGUUGCUUAAAGCUUCAAGCGACUUUCAGACUUGCAUGGGGAUUCUGGAUACCAAAAGGAAAUUGCCAACAAUAUGGGACCAUUUGUGUAGAGUAAAUUCCAAUAUUUAUGCAAAGUUUCUUUCUAGAAUUAGUACUUGGUAGACAUUUAUAUUGUAAAAUACUUUCCUUCGUCUGUACCAAAUACUUAAACUAUAUGCAUUGUGUACCUUAUGAAGCCCACCUGCCAUGUGGAGUUGUGAGAUGAAUUUAGAAAAGGGUUUCAUAUUAUGAA